AUGGAGUGGAGGGGAAUCCUCUGCUCUUUGUUUUUCGUUAUAUCGAUGGGAGAGUCGUCGAGUAGAUUCGGGACAAUGUGGCUUCCUAACCUCGGUGUUGAUACCGGACAAUCCUUCACUUGGCCAAUCUUAAGUGCUAGUGUAUUCGUGGUUGUUGCCAUCGUCCUCCCCAUGUAUCUUAUCUUUGAGCACUUAGCUGCUUAUAAUCAGCCUGAGGAACAGAAAUUUCUUAUUGGACUUAUUCUGAUGGUCCCUGUUUAUGCCUUGGAAUCGUUUUUGUCUUUGGUGAACUCAGAAGCAGCUUUCAAUUGCGAGGUGAUUCGGGAUUGUUAUGAAGCUUUUGCACUCUACUGUUUUGAGAGAUAUCUGAUAGCUUGCCUAGAUGGAGAAGAACGUACAAUUGAAUUCAUGGAACAGCAGACGGUUAUCACCCAGAGCACUCCUCUUCUAGAAGGCACAUGUUCUUAUGGAGUUGUUGAGCAUCCCUUUCCAAUGAACUGCUUCCUAAGGGAUUGGAAUCUCGGUCCUGAGUUUUAUCAUGCUGUGAAAAUUGGCAUCGUUCAGUAUAUGAUACUGAAAAUGAUCUGUGCUCUAUUAGCAAUGAUCCUCGAAGCCUUUGGAGUUUAUGGAGAAGGGAAGUUCCAAUGGAAUUACGGGUAUCCAUAUCUUGCUGUAGUGCUAAAUUUCAGUCAAACAUGGGCAUUGUAUUGCCUUGUACAGUUCUACGGUGUCAUCAAAGAUAAGCUUGCACCCAUUAAACCAUUGGCCAAGUUUUUAACAUUCAAGUCUAUAGUAUUCCUCACUUGGUGGCAAGGAAUUAUUGUUGCAUUCCUCUUCUCUAUGGGACUUUUCAAAGGCUCUUUGGCCAAGGAACUGAAAACGCGAAUACAAGACUACAUCAUCUGUAUCGAGAUGGGUAUUGCUGCCGUGGUUCAUCUCUAUGUCUUUCCAGCUGCGCCUUAUAAGCGUGGAGAAAGAUGUGUCCGUAAUGUAGCAGUAAUGUCAGAUUAUGCNUCUUUAGAUACACCUCCUGAUCCGGAAGAGGUUAAAGACAGUGAAAGAACAACUAGAACACGGUAUGGUAGACAUGACGAGAAAGAGAAACGCUUGAAUUUCCCACAAAGUGUGCGUGAUGUGGUGAUGGGGAGUGGUGAAAUCAUUGUGGAUGACAUGAGGUUCACAGUUUCGCACGUGGUGGAACCGGUUGAAAGAGGAAUAGCGAAAAUAAACAGAACAUUCCAUCAGAUAUCGGAAAACGUGAAAAGAUUCGAGCAGCAGAAGAAAACAACAAAGGACGAUUCGUAUGUGAUUCCACUGAAUCCAUGGACGAAAGAGUUCUCAGAGGUUCAUGAAAACCUCUACGAAGGAGGUAGUGUUAGCGACAGCGGUUUGGGAAGCACAAAGCGGCAUCACCAGUCUAGAGUCUCGGGUUUGUGGACUAGAAUGCGAAGGUGA